AUGACUUUAUUAGAUUUUUUAGCUUUUAGAAAGACACCUGAUACAGUUUAUAAGUUUAAAAUAUGUGUAACAAAUGUAUUAUCUUUGCAGAAUAUAAACCACAAUUUAAAUACAAUAUACGAGUACAUUUCAUACGAGCAGGGCAAGUCAUUGUCUGUAUGCACCCAGUAUUUUAUAGAUAACGAAUUGGCUUCGUCCUUCUCUUUAAUAAAAGAUCCUUGUAUAGAAAACUUUUUUAUUAAAUUGAUCGGAACACUAAACAAAGAGAAUCUAAAAAAGCUUGUUGUAGUGAAUAUUCUUACUAGUAAGGUAUGUCCAAUAUACUCAGAGAGACUUGUUGCAUAUAACAUGGAGGUAGAUACAUUUUAUAUUAAAUUUUUAACUGAUAAUUUCUGUAAAGAUAAAAUGUAUAGAUACGCUACUCUUCUUCUUUUUAAUCUUCCUGUGUUCAGUAAGUUUUAUAAAGCACGAUUACCCUAUAAAAUAAUCCAAUACAUUAAUACAAGUGAGGAUGUAGAAGCAUUUGGGAUGUAUAUGAUGUUUAUACUUAAAGAACAAACGAAUAGGAGAGUGUAUUCACUAGAAUACAAUAAUAACAUAGUACAAAACAUUAAUACAGUAACAAAUGCUGCAAGUUUUUACAAUCUGGACAGUAACAUUUCAUACGUUAAUUUUGAAGACAUAAAAUCUGUCCGUAAACAUGAAGAUUAUAAAGAUUUGGACUUUAGAAAUAAGAAAGUCACAUAUUACAGAGCGAUAUUGUCACUUAAUGCGAUUGAUGAGAUUACAGAGACAAUUGUACAUGAAUUUACUGAAAUAUUUACCAACACACAUGAAAAUAUAGAUUUUUUAAAAUUUUUAAUUAAAACGUAUCCUUUUGUUAUAGGAAAAUAUAUGGGUACAUAUAAGCAUCACACGAAUGACUGGAGUGUAAAAGAAGUAUAUAACACCCUCAUAUCAAAAACUAAAGAAUCUAAAACUUCUAAUCGAUAUACACCGAUGAAAAUUACUGGUAAUUUUUUACAGAAAAUAAUAGAUCUAGAAGUUAAAGACGAGGAAAUAUAUUUUUUUGUCUUUUUUGUAAACAGGAAGGAACUUUUUACUAAUUUUAAAAAUAUUGAACGGCUUAUGGAUGAUAAUUUAUAUUUUCAUGGUACAAUAAUUAAUUUGUUACUUAACAAAUAG